AUGGCAAUUUCUUGUACCCUUGCAUACUUAUCUAUUUUCACUGUGAUGAACAGCGUUCAACUGGACUGGGUCGCAUGCAUACUGUUGGAAUUUCACAUAUACAAGCUAGCUGAAUAUGAUAAUUGCACAAAAGACCCUGGAGAAGUAUUAAAUAGCUCAGGUCCAGGAGUAAUUGUGCCUCUAGGCACAAGUGGUUCUUUCUAUUUCUACUGCACCGUUGAUGACCACUGUGGAAGUGGCCAGAAGUUCGCUAUCAACGCUCUAACUAAUGGCUCUGAACCUCCUAGUCCUAGCUCUGCUUCCUCUUUCGCUAUUGGUGCCUUUGUUGCAGCAGUUGUCUCCACUAUAGUGAUAACGGUCUUGAUUUACGACUAA